UAACCAACACUGCCACACAUGUGAGAGUAAAAUAUGAAAAUGGUUCAACCUUCGCGGCAGCAAAUCUUGCGUUUAUACAAGCAUUUAAUUCGUUACGGCAAUCACCUAAAGCUGACCGACAAGAACUACUUUCUGGGAAGAGUUCGCCACGAGUUUCGGGACAACCGUUCCCUUACAAAUCCGGUGGAAGUGGAAUUCAGCUUUAAGCGCGGAGAGACCCUGCUGAAGAAGGGACGCAUUCUCUAGGAAUGCUGCGAGGUCUGGUGCGAUUCCUGGCUCUGCCUCCGCCCGCUGUG